GAUGGAUAGAUGGGAAUUUGGAGAUAGUUUUUCUCAGUGCUUGCCUGGGUGGAAGUGAUUUGAGGGACAAUUCGGUUUAAAAUUGCACAAGGUCUGCCACAGGCUGAAUACUGAACCCAGAGCGAAGGUUUAACACGGGUGGAGUGGAAGAAGUAGCUGAUCUGAGAACAGCUGUGGCGUAAAACGUGCAGUUUGUCUCCCCCUAGUGGCUCUUCUCGCGUGCUGAUUUCAACUCUAGACCACGACCACUGGCGCGAGCUCUGAUUGGGAGUGGUGAGUGCGUGCAUGUGUGUGUGUGUGUGUGUGAGAGAGAGAGAGAGAUUGUGAGUGUGAGUGUGUGUGCGCGCGUGUGUGUGUCAGAGAGAAACAGAGAAGGAGACGUUUCCCAGCCGUUAGGCAUGUGAGUAAAUCGUGUACAUCGAGUCGCACGCGCGCUUCGAAACGGCCGAUGAGGAACCGUUAGCGUUUUGGCGCGCGCUGAGGAUGCGUCCAAACAACUUCGAAUUGAAGGCAAACGGAGCGGCGGACUCAAAAGUUUACUAAGUCAGUCGGAGAGGAAGCGCGACCACGGGACCUCAAGACGGUGAAUAAUAAUGUUCUGAAGCGGGGGAAAGAAAAGGCGAUGAAGCCGGUGACGCGGAGCGGGAGGCGGCGGCCCUUCACGCGCCUCUGCUGCGGCGGCGUCGGGCUGCUCGCGCUCGCGUGCCUCGCGCGCUUCCAACACCUGACAGUGACAGAAGCUUCAAGCUCAGACCCGGCUGAAGACGUCGGCCUUGACUGGACUGGACGCAAACUGAUGCAAGACAGAAUCGAGAACCACACUCUAGAACCUCCCCGAGCAGCCAUCCAUGAGUUCCCUGAAGAUAUCUUUACUAAGGAACAGAGGAAGAGGGGGGCCGUGCUGCUACACGUGCUAUGUGCCAUUUAUAUGUUCUACGCUCUUGCUAUCGUCUGUAAUGACUACUUCGUCCCCUCCCUGGAGAAGAUCUCAGAGAACCUGCACCUCAGUGAGGAUGUGGCUGGGGCUACAUUUAUGGCUGCUGGAAGCUCUGCCCCUGAGCUCUUCACCUCCUUGAUUGGUGUAUUCAUCACUAAGGGGGAUGUAGGAGUGGGAACGAUUGUCGGCUCAGCUGUCUUCAACAUCCUCGUCAUCAUCGGAGUGUGUGGCAUCUUCGCUGGUCAGACGGUGGCUCUUACCUGGUGGUCUCUGUUCCGAGACUCACUCUACUACAUCUUCUCAGUUCUGGCUUUGAUCUUGGUCAUCUAUGAUGAGAGGGUUGUGUGGUGGGAGUCCAUACUCCUGAUCUCCAUGUACGGAGUUUACAUUCUCAUCAUGAAAUUUAACAGUCAGAUUGCGAGCUUCGUGGAGCAUCAUUGCGGUGGUCCAGGGCGGUGCUGCCAGCGAGGAGAAACCCCUAGAAACGAUGACACUGUGGACGAUGGAGCCAACUGCAAUACCUCCAUGGUGCUUCUGAGAAAAGGUCAGUCUGGCGCUGCACAGCAGGAAUCUCCAGUAGUGAUGGUGGAUGAGCUGCUGAUCCUCAGGCCUCACCAGCUCUCUUUUCCAGAGGCGGGGCUACGCAUCAUGAUCACGCCCCAUUUCUCACCUCGCACCCGUCUCAGCAUGGCCGGCCGCGUACUCAUCAGCGAAAGACAGAGGCUGAUAAGGGAAUCAGGGCAGAGGGGAAGCCCAGUGAAGACAUUUGGCUCGGGAGGGUUUGAGAACGGAGGGAGUGUGGAGAGACCCCUUCAGGAUGGAGAGAGGAUAGACAUAGAUGGGGCUGUGAAAACAGAUAACCUUCAGCCUGAGGAAGAGGAGGACAGGGACGAAAUCUUCAGACCUCUCCAAGUGCCAGAUGGUUGUGCAGCCCGUGUUAAGUGGGUAGUAUCAUGGCCACUGGGUGUGCUGCUGUAUUACACCGUGCCCAACUGCAUUCUACCCCGCUGGCAUCGCUGGUUCAUGGUCACCUUCAUCUCCUCCACGCUCUGGAUCGCCAUUUUCUCCUACCUGAUGGUGUGGAUGGUCACUAUUGUCAGCUACACCCUGGACAUCCCAGAUUAUAUCAUGGGCAUCACGUUCUUGGCAGCGGGCACCAGUGUGCCGGAUUGCAUGGCUAGCCUGAUCGUAGCUCGCCAAGGUAUGGGAGACAUGGCGGUAUCUAACUCAAUAGGCAGUAAUAUAUUUGACAUCUUGCUGGGUUUGGGCUUCCCAUGGAUGCUCAGAACGCUGGUGGUCGAAUAUGGAUCAUCGGUGUUCAUCAACAAUAAAGGUCUGGUGUACUCGGUUAUCCUGCUAUUAGCUUCUGUCUUCCUCACUGUGCUGAGUGUUCACCUGAACGGCUGGAAGCUGGACCGGCGUUUGGGUUUGGGCCUCUUGCUGCUUUACUCAAUCUUCCUCCUCUGCUCCAUCCUCUUUGGGCAGCUUUAAAAAAAAAACAAAAAAAACUCCUGUACAUCCCAACUUCCAUCCAAGUCCACCAGUCAAACCAGUUUAGUUCUCGUUUUGAGUUUUGAUUCAUUCACACUGGACAUGGUGUUAACCUGAGCUGAAUCUCAGGCCAAGCAGAGACAGUGGAGGAAACUCAAGAGGGACGGACGGACUAAUAGCUCAGAACGAAAGAUCCUGAAGCCGCAUCUGUCCGGACGACAAAUGCAGUUACACUGUACAUGUACAGCUUUGUUUUUUUUCAGUUCACACACUGAAUCAUUUCAAAGAGAGUUCCACUUCGUCCAUAAAAGCAUCGCUGCCUACUCUUGAGCAGAUAACACAGCAGUGAAGGUGAUCGUAUAUUCUGAGUACAAAGUUGUAGCAUUGCUCGUAAAAACCAUCCAUCUUGUUGGUUGUGGCUGCGCGUUUAGGAACAUGUCCGUAUGAAACAAACCAGCCUGGAAGAACAAUGAAACAGCCUCGGAAUCACGACACGUUUAGAUUCGCUUUUAUUCAUUCAGAAGUUGCUUUUAUCCAAAGUGGCGUACAAGUGAACUCACAACAUUGUAGGACACAACUUUAACCACGGAUAUGAAACCAGUAGAGUGAGACCUGAAAACAUGCCGAGGAGCCAGUUGCACCAGCCGGACGCGAGAGUGAUUGGAAUUUUUGCAAAACAUAGUAGUGCGUAAAGUUAUCGUAGAUCAAAAUGUAUUGUGGCGUAUUGUGGCAAAAUGUAUUGUGGCAUAACCGGCCAAUCAGAAACGUGAUUCGACGUUAACAGGAAACACUACAUGCUCAAGCAAGACGGGUGAAGAAGCAGGGAAGUGAAUCUGUUAAUAUCGGUUUGAUGCCGUGUUUAUUUACAUGCUCCGAUGCCAGCAUCUUAUACCUGGUGAUACUUCAUAACGUCGGCCUAGCCUAGUGUGCGUUCUGUCGCUUAUUAAACAGUGAUGAUGGCGAUCUGGAGGUUUUUCCACAGGCUACAAAUGACAAUCAAAGCAAAAAUAUCGAUACAAAUAACCUGAAUAGACAUCUUCAACAUCAAACUCCUACUAUGAGGAGUUCAUUACUAGCAGCGAACACUAACUAGUUGAGAAAAAUGUCUAGAGAAAUCAGCUCGCUAAUGUUAUAAAGAACAAACCUUGUAGCCUAAGUGUGUGAACACUUGGGAAACAUAAACAAAGCUAAAUUAAAUGUUCAAACACGUGCCUGAUAAUUCAUUCAUUCGAAGUAACUUACUCAUUUCGUUAUGAGUUCCGGUAUUGAUUAAUAUGAAAAAUACAUGUUCUUGAUCUGAGAAAAAUCAGAUUGAUGCAGACCCAUAGAAAAGUGGACAGAAUCAAUAGCUAUGUUUCCAUCCAUGUAUUUUUAUAUGAAUUUUGGGAUAU